AUGGGUUUUGACUUCGUAAUUAUUAUUUGAAUUCCGUUUUCUAUCAAUUGCUUCAAACAGAGAGAGAGAGACGAAGCUUACCGAGCGAAAAUGUCCAAGAACCACGAGCCGGUCGUCGGAGUUCCACUCUAUGUCGGCAACAAUCCUUAUCAGGCCGGCCAGAUCCCUCCCAACGCUAUUUUUGGCGAUCCCCACGGGGUUCCUAUUCAACAAACCAUGUACCGCGACACUCCUGCUCCUUUCAACUGUGUCUAUUGUGGAAAUUCCGGCCUCACUACCAUCAGAUCAAAGAUAAGUUCAGCUGCUGUCGUUGGUUGUAUGAUGCCAUUUAUGUUGGGUGUAUGCUUUCUUUGUCCUUCAAUGGACUGCCUUUGGCAUAAGUAUCACUAUUGCCCCAGCUGCAAGGAAAAGGUUGGUGAUUUUGAGAAAUUGGAUAGAUGUGCUGUGAUGGAUCCUCCACACUGGACACAGCCAAGCUACGCAUUGCCUGGUUGAUUUUGAGGAGCUACUAUUUUCCCGUGUGGUUAUUUAGCAUCAUUUGCAUUCAGUACUUGCGAUACCCUUGUGCUAUUUUUGUGAUGUUUUUGUGAUGUUUUUGUGAUGUUUUUGUUACACUUAGGGAUAGACACAGUUUGGAUAUCUUUCCAUAUAUACAAUUGUGAUAGAGCCAAGUACAUGUUUUGUUUUUGGUAUCUUACCGCUUGUAAAUACCUUGUUCUUACACUGGCAUUGCUGUUUAUAUACAUUACUGCUGCUAGCUUAAUUUGGACCAAAUCUUUCCAUAGA